CAGGCUGGACGCGGCAUGAUGCGCGCCGUGUGGGAGGCGCUGGCGGCGCUGGCGGCGGUGGCGUGCCUGGUGGGCGCGGUGCGCGGCGGGCCCGGGCUCAGCGUGUUCUCGGGCCAGGCGGCGCAGCCCGACCCCUGCUCGGACGAGAACGGCCACCCGCGCCGCUGCAUCCCGGACUUCGUCAACGCGGCCUUCGGCAAGGACGUGCGCGUGUCCAGCACCUGCGGCCGGCCCCCGGCGCGCUACUGCGUGGUCAGCGAGCGCGGCGAGGAGCGGCUGCGCUCCUGCCACCUCUGCAACGCGUCGGACCCCAAGAAGGCGCACCCGCCCGCCUUCCUCACCGACCUCAACAACCCGCACAACCUGACGUGCUGGCAGUCCGAGAACUACCUGCAGUUCCCGCACAACGUCACGCUCACGCUGUCGCUCGGCAAGAAGUUCGAGGUGACCUACGUGAGCCUGCAGUUCUGCUCGCCGCGGCCCGAGUCCAUGGCCAUCUACAAGUCCAUGGACUACGGGCGCACGUGGGUGCCCUUCCAGUUCUACUCCACGCAGUGCCGCAAGAUGUACAACCGGCCGCACCGCGCGCCCAUCACCAAGCAGAACGAGCAGGAGGCCGUGUGCACCGACUCGCACACCGACAUGCGCCCGCUCUCGGGCGGCCUCAUCGCCUUCAGCACGCUGGACGGGCGGCCCUCGGCGCACGACUUCGACAACUCGCCGGUCCUGCAGGACUGGGUCACGGCCACCGACAUCCGCGUGGCCUUCAGCCGCCUGCACACGUUCGGCGACGAGAACGAGGACGACUCGGAGCUGGCGCGCGACUCGUACUUAUACGCCGUGUCCGACCUGCAGGUGGGCGGCCGCUGCAAGUGCAACGGCCACGCCGCCCGCUGCGUGCGCGACCGCGAGGACAGCCUGGUGUGCGACUGCAGGCACAACACGGCCGGCCCGGAGUGCGACCGCUGCAAGCCGUUCCACUACGACCGGCCCUGGCAGCGCGCCACGGCCCGCGAGGCCAACGAGUGCGUGGCCUGUAACUGCAACCUGCAUGCCCGGCGCUGCCGCUUCAACAUGGAGCUGUACAAGCUGUCGGGGCGCAAGAGCGGGGGCGUCUGUCUCAACUGCCGCCACAACACUGCAGGCCGCCACUGCCACUACUGCAAGGAGGGCUACUACCGCGACAUGGGCAAGCCCAUCACCCACCGGAAGGCCUGCAAAGCCUGCGAUUGCCACCCCGUGGGCGCUGCUGGCAAAACCUGCAACCAGACCACCGGCCAGUGUCCCUGCAAGGACGGCGUGACGGGCAUCACCUGCAACCGCUGUGCCAAGGGCUACCAGCAGAGCCGCUCGCCCAUCGCCCCCUGCAUAAAGAUCCCCGUGGCACCCCCGACCACUGCAGCCAGCAGCGUGGAGGAGCCAGAAGACUGUGAUUCCUACUGCAAGGCUUCCAAAGGAAAGCUGAAGAUUAACAUGAAAAAGUAUUGCAGGAAGGACUAUGCCGUCCAGAUCCACAUCCUGAAGGCGGACAAGGCAGGGGACUGGUGGAAGUUCACGGUGAACAUCAUCUCCGUGUACAAGCAGGGCACGAGCCGCAUCCGCCGCGGGGACCAGAGCCUGUGGAUCCGCUCGCGGGACAUCGCCUGCAAGUGCCCCAAAAUCAAGCCCCUCAAGAAGUACCUGCUGCUGGGCAACGCCGAGGACUCGCCCGACCAGAGCGGCAUCGUGGCGGACAAGAGCAGCCUGGUGAUCCAGUGGCGGGACACGUGGGCGCGGCGGCUGCGCAAGUUCCAGCAGCGCGAGAAGAAGGGCAAGUGCAAGAAGGCCUAGCGCGGGGGCUGCGGCGCCGGGUGGGCGGGGCCGGGCGGCGGGGCGG